AUGCGUGUUGGGAGUCUGUUGAAUACAGUGCAGACAGAGAAAAUCCAGGAGUCCAAGGAGGCACUGCAGCAACUGGAACAAUUAAUAUUGGAGGGUGAUACGACUGACAUAUUUAAGGAAUUCUGUGAGUGCACCAGCAUAAUCAUAGGAUGCAAGAAGGGUGACCUUCCAAAGAGUCUUCUUCAGUUCAUGAAUGAGUUAAUGAAGAGACUGAAGCAUAUGAAAAUUGGGAGAAAUUUCAUGCAUAAUUUAAUUAAGUAUUUAGUGCGUGGACUAGACUCAAAGCUAAAACAUGUUCGGUAUAAUAGUUUAUCCUUACUUUGGAGCUGUAUAGAGCACUUAGACAGUGUUAGUCCACGUCUUUGGGAGAUCGUUAAGAUAAAAAUUGGUGAAAAACUGUUUGAUAAAGAGGUAAAUGUAAGGAUACAGGCAAUUAGGAUAGCAGCAAAGUACCAGGAGACUGCAGUUGAAAAUGGCUUACAAUUUUACAAACUCUUUAAAGACCUUCUACGGUACGACGCAUCAGCAGAAGUUCGCAAAUUAGUUCUUCAAUAUAUUGUGGUUAAUAAAAGCACAAUAGAUGCAAUUAUAAGCAGGGCAGCAGAUGUAAAUGAAGGAGUCAGAAUGGUCUUUGCUACAAGUAAAUUAUCAGUUAUCCCAUGGGAAAAAGAUUUAAAUCUAGAACAAAAGUCUUCACUACUGCAAUCUCUAGAGGAAGAAAGGGUUGAAGAGAUUAGAAAAAAAAGUAUGGAAAGAAUUGAGAUAAUUUUCGAGGAAAUAUUCCAUGGGAAGUACGAGUUAUUCACUAACGCAUUCUAUUUGGAGAACAGAAAUAAUAAGUCAUUAGAGAGAGUACUUGCAGAAUUAAUGAAAAGAUACGAAUAUGCAGAUGGUUUUAAUGAAGAAUUCUUGGAGAGAGCCACUCCAUCUCUUCUAUUUCUCAUGUGGGUCUCACUGGAGCACAUUGAUAAAGAGAGAGGAAGAGACACAAUCUCACUGCCUGACAUGGCUGUCCUUCUGAAGUCAAUUGCAGAUGCUGCUUGUUCUGUGGGAGUAGAUGACCAGUAUGAAGGGACUUUAGUCCAUGCAUUAUUUGCACUCCUGGAAUAUUACGAUGUAUUCCAGGGCAGUGAAAGAAAUCUUCUUGUUAAAUGUGCACUUUACAUCUUGUCUCAGCCUGUGGAUUUACUCCAAGGCGUAGUUGACUCCGUCUGCAAAAUGAUCAUAAAAGCAUGUAGUGGAUCAGAAAAUGACAAAUUCUACAUUAAGGCACUUUCUGUGGGAAAAGAAAGAACACAGCUUCUAUUUGCUGAGUCUCUGAUGAAGUCAAAGGAGCUUCCAAUUGGAAAAUUCCCUUCAGUUUUCCAACUGAUUGAAGAAAAAUCAAAAACAGCAAUUUUCUCUUCUGAUGCAGAGAUAAAAGAGUGUUGUAUUAGGCUACAGGUUCUUUGUGCCUGUGAGAAGAAUCAGAGUACAGAUGCAUUAGAGCAGUUGCUAUCACUGGCCAAACAGAAUUCACAGAGUGCAUUGUGUGCACUAGUUGAUCUAGCAAUUAUUUUUAGGGAAAAAACAGAUAUUUUUAAUCUAGUUUUUGAAAUUGUAAAAACAACAGAGUUUUUGCUUCAGGAUAAAUCUAUCACAAAAAUCCUUCUAACAGGUCUCUGCACAGAAGACCAAACAAAAGAAUUACUGCAGAGAUUAGUGCAGAGAUUCUACUCUGAACAGACAAAUUUAGAAGAUGCACAGUAUCUGCACGUCUUCUUCUACGAGUACUUUAGAAAUAAUUAUUCUGCAGUUUUUUCCGUUUACCCACAGGUUAUCUCAAAGGUAAAACACUGGAAGGUUUUCAAUGACCAAAUAAUCUAUUGGUUUGAGAGCAGACAGAACACAGUAUACACUGAGACUAAUUUACUACUAGAUGCACUCUCUGUUGUUUUAGAGUCUUUAAGCACAGGUGACCCACAGACUCCACUGAAAGAGAAAAAGGACACCCUUCAAAGAUACUUAGACCUACUAAGCAAAGUAUCACUGCUGAAGUACUUACUGUCAGAGACAGAAAAAGUAAAGGCAAUUGAAAUAUCAAGUGCACUAAGCAAGCAGACAGUCAAAAUACUCCCGGAUAAUGACGUAGUAAAGAAUAUUCUGUUUGACCUCAUAAGCCGAGAAUAA